CUUUCACUUUGAGGUUAUCGCCAGCAGGAAAUUAUCAAACGCCCAGCGACGCGACCCGACCGACCCGCCGACAACGACCAAUCCCGACCCCUCACGUCCUCCUUCACGACAAUCUCGACCUUCCCGAUGGCGCCGAAAUCUGCAGCAAAGGGCCCUAAGCCCACCACCAAGAAGGCGGCGGAUGCGAAGAAGGCUGCCCUCAAGGGUGUGCACUCCAAGAUCCACAAGAAGGUCCGCACAUCGGUCACCUUCCACCGGCCCAAGACCUUGAUCCGCGCCCGCGACCCCAAGUACCCCCGCAAGAGCAUCCCCCAUGCUCCUCGGCUCGAUCAGUUCAAGGUCAUCGUUCACCCCUUGAACACCGAGUCGGCUAUGAAGAAGAUUGAGGAGAACAACACCCUGGUCUUCAUUGUCGAUAUCAAGGCGAACAAGAGGCAGAUCAAGGAGGCGGUCAAGAAGCUCUACGAUGUCGAUGCCGUCAAGGUCAACACUUUGAUCAGGCCCGAUGGAAGGAAGAAGGCUUUCGUCCGUCUCACGCCGGACGUUGAUGCCCUUGACAUUGCCGCCACAAAGCUCGCCAUCGUUUAAGCUUGGAGGGGUUCGGGGUUUCAUUUUCUUGUCAUUUGGGGUUUUCUUCGGUGGCGCUUGUUUGGGAUCGUGAACAGGUGCCAGGCAAAAGUCUAGGGAAUAAAAAAAAAACCUUAGAAUUCACGAUUGCCCGCGAGGAAAUUCGUAGCUUUGGUCUUCCCACACUGUACAUUGGCGAGCGAUUGGAGAUUGGGAGAGACAUUUGCCGGCGUAAUAGAUUGCGUAUAUCAAUUACUG